AUGACGCAGACAGACCCAUGCCCAGGCCAGAGAAUGAAUGCUGAGGACACAGGGAAAUUAUUCCCGGGGAAAGAAAUCCCAAGAAUUGCAAAAGUUAUGUGUAGAGAGUGUGGGCAAAGCUAUUGUGCUAAGUCAAGCCUUAUCACACACCAGAGGACACACACAGGGGAGAAGCCCUAUAUCUGCAGGGAGUGUGGGCGAGGCUUUAGCCAGAAGUCAAACCUCAUUAAACACCAGAGGACACACUCAGGGGAGAAACCCUAUGACUGCAAAGAGUGUGGACGAGUCUUUAGCCAUAAGUCAGUCCUCACUAUACACCAAAGGACACACUCAGGGGAGAAGCCCUAUGUUUGCAGGGAGUGUGGACGAGGCUUUAUCCAGAAGUCAAAACUCAUUAGACACCAGAGGAUACACUCAGGGGAGAAGCCCUAUGUCUGUAGGGAGUGUGGGCGAGGCUUUAGUCAGAAGUCAUACCUCAUUCAACACCAGAGGACACACUCAGGGGAGAAGCCCUAUGUCUGCAAGGAGUGUGGACGAGGCUUUAGCCGGAAGUCAUACCUCAUUAUACACCAGAGGACACACACAGGGGAGAAGCCUUGUGUCUGCAAGGAGUGUGGACGAGGCUUUUGUCAGAAGUCAUACCUCAUUACACACCAGAGGACACACUCAGGAGAGAAGCCCUAUGUUUGCAAGGAGUGUGGACGAGGAUUUUGUCAGAAGUCACUCCUCACUGUACACCAGAAGACACACUCAGGAGAGAAGCCCUAUUUCUGUAGCGUGUGUGGAGGAGGCUUUUGCUGGAAAUCAGCCCUCAUUAUACACCAGAGAACACAUGAGAAGCCCUAUGUCUGCAAGGAGUGUGGACGAGGCUUUAGCCGGAAAUCAGCCCUCAUUAUACACCAGAGGACACACUCAGGGGACAAGCCCUUUGUCUGUAGGGAAUGUGGGCGAGGCUUUAGGGAGAAGUCAGUCCUCACUAAACACCAUAGGACACACUCAGGAGAGAAGCCCUAUGUCUGCAGGGAGUGUGGGCGAGCCUUUACUCGGAAUUCAUACCUCAUUACACACCAGAGGACACACUCAGGGGAGAAGCCCUAUGUCUGCAAGGAGUGCGGGAGAGGAUUUAGCCAGAAGUCAGUCCUCAGUAGACACCAGAGGACACACUCAGGGGAGAAGCCCUAUGUCUGCAGGGAGUGUGGGCGAGGCUUUACUAGGAAUUCAUCCCUCAUUAUACACCAGAGGACACACUCAGGGGAGAAGCCCUAUGUCUGCAACGAGUGCGGGCAAGGCUUUAUUCAGAAAUUAUACCUCAUCAGACACCAGAGGACACACUCAAGGGAGAAGUCCUAUAUCUGCAGGGAGUGUGGGCAAGACUUUGGUGAUAAGUCACACCUCAUUGGACACAGGAGAAGAAAAUACUGCCAACACACCUCCAUAUCCCCAGCUUUGAGGGUUCAGAGCAGGUCCCCAAGAGAGUGA